UACAAAACCUUGAUAUUCUACCUACCUCACUCCUCUAUAAAUAGUGUAAAGGAUACUUGAAUCAAACCAACAAAGCCAGCAACUGAAACACCUAAUCCUUAUUAGCUCGAUCAAGUUCUUAACCAUGUCUCACAUUGCCGUGGAGAGGAACAGAAGAAGACAGAUGAACGAACACCUCAAGGUUUUACGUUCUUUGACUCCAUGUUUCUACAUCAAACGGGGAGAUCAAGCAUCAAUUAUAGGUGGGGUGAUCGAAUUCAUCAAGGAGUUGCACCAAGUUUUACAAUCCUUGGAGGCUAAAAAACGAAGGAAGAGCCUAAGCCCUAGCCCCGGACCUAGUCCAAGGCAAUUUCAGCCAAGUCCUCAGCUUCCAGACAGCCCUUUUGGGAUUCACGACAACAACUUCAAGGAACUCGGAGCAUGCUGCAACUCUCCAGUCGCAGAUGUUGAAGCAAAGAUUUCCGGGUCGAACGUCCUCCUCAGGACUAUUUCCAGGAGAAUUCCAGGUCAAAUCGUGAGGAUAAUAAGUGUCUUAGAGAAAUUAUCCUUCGAGAUUCUUCACUUGAACAUCAGCAGCAUGGAAGAUACUGUUCUAUACUCCUUCGUCAUCAAGCUGCAGAUAGGGUUGGAGUGCCAAGUGAGCGUGGAGGAACUAACCCUUGAAGUUCAGCAAAGUUUCUGCUGUGAAGCUGCUGCAGCUAACUGUAUGAAGCUGGGGCACGCAUCACAAACUUAAUUCGGACAUACUGCUUUAAUGUUGUAAUAAUACAUAGGAAUUAACUAAUGAUGUCGAUCGGAUGGCUUAAACUAAAAAAGUAUAUGUAACCUAAUUUACACAUAUCAGCUUUGCUAUAUAUCAAAUUAAUUCGCUGUG